UCGUUUCCAUUCGUGGGCCAACAGUCGUCACCGAACGUUCCAGUCGAAAACGUGAGCUACACGCGUGCACACAACUUUCUCCGACCACUUGUGCUCACGGACCGCCGCGAUCGGAACCAGUUACCGCACGCGCACGUUUUUCCCGUUUCGUUCACUCGUCAACGCAACCCAACCGUCGUGACCCCUACCGCGAUAAUAACGAAACGAGAGUCUCGUUCGCGUCCAGUUUUGCAUCUGCGUGCGCGACUUCUUCCACGCGGACAGACGUGCAGCGGUCCUAUCGGCCUUGAACGGAAACGGCAUUGACAGUGCUCGCGCCAACCGCGGUCUUAUUGGCGAGUAGAAAUAAUAAUAACAAUAAAAAACAAAACGAACACCGAUCAAACUCGUCGCGGCGCGCUCGACCUCGUUAAUAUUCAGUUUGCGGUGGACGACAGCUCGGCGCUGAAGCGCAUUCGAAAUUGCGAUUCGUUUAACGUUAUCGCAUUGCCGCGCGGACCGUACACCGUUACAGACGUUAGUGUCGCAUUCGAUCGCGAUCACGGGCAGACAGGAGGAGCGGAAAACGUCGUCGUCAACGGAACGCCGAACGAGAUGCCGCAGCUGAUACUGGCCAAUGGUGAGCAAUACGUCGACGCGCCUGCGGUGCGCGACGACCACGAGCCCGACGGCAUCGACGUCAACUUCCCGGACGUACUGGCCGACCUGGACGUGGAAACGUUGCCCGACGACGUGGUCGAGUAUGCCCGCGUCCGGCUCGGCGAGACCGAAGAGUCCCGGACCAAGCUGUUGGCCGAGCUCGAAGACAUGAUCUACGAAAAAGGUGAUGUUACACCACAUAGAAUGGACGAAAAGUUUCUACUACGAUUUUUAAGAGCUCGGCAUUUCAAACUUCAUGCUACGUACAAACUAUUCGUCAAUUAUUACAGGUUUAGAGAAAAUCAUCCAGAAUUCUACACGAUCAACCCGUUAAAUUUGUCUUUCAUAGCUGACACAGACGUAUUGAGCGUUCUUCCUUACAGAGAACAGACAGGCAGACGAAUUUUAAUUUACAAAUUAGGUAACUGGAACAUUAACGAUUUCGACAUGACCGAAAUACUUAAAGCGUCACUGGCAACGUUAGAACUGGGAAUUUUAGAACCGAGGGCUCAGAUCCUCGGCGGUGUGGUCAUAUUUGACAUGGGUGGAUUCACGUUACAACACGCUUACCAGAUCACACCAAAAGUCGUUUCGACGAUUUUCGACCUCAUCGUGUAUAGCAUACCGAUGAAAACGCACGCGAUCCACAUAAUCAACGAGUCGUGGGUGUUCGAGACGGUGUUCAAUCUCUUCAAACCGUUUUUGGGCAAGCGUUACAACGAAAUGUUGUUCUUCCAUGGUAAAAACUUGGAGUCGCUGCAUAAACAUAUUGAUCCUAAGUAUUUACCAAAAGUUUAUGGUGGAGUGCGUCCGAACUACCCAUAUCAACAUUGGUUUACAAAUUUGCAAAAAAACGCCGCUGUGACAAAAGAAAUGAAAAGUUUGGGUUAUUUGCAGUGAAUCUAAACAAUGAUACGUGUUGUAUUGUUAUACUUGUUUGUAAUAUUUUAUAAGUUUUUUCCUUUUCAUUUAUGGUUCAUGUUUAUCAUUUUUAU